GCUCUUACGUUUUUCCGUUCUCGUUCUCCUUUUCCCCGGUGGUCCCUUGGCUAUAUCUGGCGUACGCAUGGCGUGAACGCAUGCAGCCGGCCGGCGGGCGGGCGGGCGGGCGGCUCACGAGUGAAGGUAACCAUGUCGAUGUCCUCGCCCACGGUCCAGGUUUCGUCUUCAUCGUCCUCCAUCAUCGCCACCACCGCUGUCGGCUCGCACGUGCUCAAGAUCGACGGCUACUCGCGCACCAAGGGCCUCGCCACCGGCAUCCACCUCAAGUCCUGCUCGUUCCGCGUCGGCGGCCACUCCUGGCACCUCGCUUACCUCCCCAACGGCGACUGCGCGCAGACGGCCGACUACAUCUCGCUCUACCUCGUUCUCGAGGACGCACCCGCCAACCGCACCCCCGCGCUCGCGCAGCUCAGCGUCGGCCUUCUCGACCGUGCCGGCAAGCCGGUGCCGUCCCUCACCAAGACCCUCCCCGUGAACCGGUUCAACGCCCCCGGCUCGUACUGGGGCUUCAACACCUUCAUCCGGAGGGAAGCGCUGGAGAAGUCGAGGCACCUCAAGGACGACUCCUUCUGCGUCCGCUGCGACGUCUGCGUCGUCACCCAGUUCCGCGCCGAGGACGCCGCCGCCAGAGCCGCGGCCGCCUCCGUCGCGUUCGUCCGCGUUCCGCCGCCGGACCUGUCGCAGAACUUGGGCGAACUCCUGCGGAGCGAGCUGGGCGCCGACGUGCGCUUCCGGGUGGACGGGGAGGAGUUCGCGGCGCAUCGCUGCGUGCUCGCGGUGAGGUCGCCCGUGUUCCAGGCCCAGCUGUUCGGCGCCAUGAAGGAGGCGUCUCUUUCCGCCAGGGAGGUGCAGAUAGAUGAGAUGAGGGCGGACGUGUUCAGGAACCUGCUGCACUUCAUCUACACCGACGCGCUGCCCAAGUCCGAGCCCCAGGAAGAAGAGGCCCUUAUGGCUCAGCACCUGCUCGUCGCCGCCGACAGGUAUGGCAUGGAGAGGCUCAAACUCGUCUGCGAGGACAUCUUGUGCAGGCACAUCGACGUCAGUACCGCGGCCACCACGCUGGCCCUUGCUGAGCAGCACCAAUGCCAGGGGCUCAAGGAAGCAUGCUUUCAGUUCCUCAAGAAGUCUCCUGGGUCGCUGAAUGAUGUCAUGGCAACUGAUGGAUUUGACCAUCUGGCCAACAGCUGCCCGUCCAUUAUAAAGGAGUUGAUGUCUAGACUUGCUGCUGCCCAUUAUUCCAACUGAAACAAGACAUGUCCAACUCCAACAUGACCUAGAUGGAGUUUCAGCAACCAUGACAAAUGCAGGUACUACCUGUUGCUGUUGUUACUGUUAGUCACAAAAUUGAAUGUGUGCCGCGCCGGAUCGAUAUGCAACGUUUGUGUAAUCCAGCGGUGACUGCUAUUAGCAUUGUAUCUUGUUCAUUUUCUUGCCUGCUUGGCUGUUGUAUCCAAUCCAUGACAAAGGUAAGUACGUUGAUCUGGUGACCAUACAUUAGCCUGGAAGAAGUGCCUUGUAGACAUUUGUCCAAUUUCAUGAUGAUUGAAGCAACUGCAAUAUAAUACUAGCUACAACUUCGUAUU